UAGACGCUCGUACAGCUUUAAAAAUUCAAACAGCCGCCCGUUGUCACUGUUAAUUCAUUACAAUAUUGCAAUUCAACUCCAACACCAAACCCAGAACCCUAAACACAGAGAAUCAGUAAAACUUGUGAGACCAAUCUCCUACAAUUUCUCAUUAGGAUGAAAACUGAUCGGAAACCACCGCUUGCUAGAUCUCCGAUGACUCUUCGAGGCCGUCGCCCCCUUCAACCACCUAACUCCAAUUUCAACGCCAACACUCCUAUUCGAACACCAGCAAUGAUGAGCAAACCCCAGAUGAGAGAACAGGAGAACAGGCCAGAACUCAACACAGUUUCUUGUGAAUUGAGGGCAUUAGCAAAAAUGGUGGAAGACGAGCUGGGCGCAAUCAACGCGAAAAACAACAAUGGAUUUGGGAGUGUUUCAUCAAUUGGAGGGGGUAAUACUACGAUGUUUGAGAGAGGGAGUUUGUACAAUGCUUAUUCAGAGAGGAGGAAUGAAAGGCUAAGAAAGAAACUGAGUGAAUCAUGGGAAGAUGAGCCCAAAACUGCUUAUAAUCAUUUGGGUGUUAAAGUUGAUUCUACAUUGAAGAAAGAUUCAACCAAGAAGAAGGCUGAGACUUUGAAGAAGUCGAUGAUGGCUGCGGCCACUACUUAUUCAUCCGUGGAUCGAAGCCAACACCCACGGUACGCGUUGAGGAGCACCACCAAGAAGCCACCGCUUCCGGUGGCACCGAUGAAUAUCGAUGACAAGGGGACGGCAAGGAAGACUCCUAGUACAAGAGCUAGGAGGAAGUGAAGGAAGGGAAGGAAGGAAAAGGAAUUUUAGAAUUUUAGAGAAAUUGUUGUUAAUUUCUAAUGAUGAUAGUAGAUGGUUUUGGGUUGUAUUAGUCCAUCUAUUGUGGACAUGACAAAUCUUCGGUGCUGAAUUGGAGAACCAAAUCAACCACUGAUAUACAGUAUGUUGGUAUUUUGUUGUGAGACACUUGCAAGCAUUUGGUUAAUCACAUUACCCAAAAAAAAGUUGUUGGUGAUGUAUGUAUUCUUUCUCAAUGAAUGCAUUCCAUUCUUAAUUUCUUAUUGAUCGGGUUGUUUGUAUCGAAUCCGAUUAGUAUGGCUGUAUGGGUUGUGUGUUUUAUUGAAUUGUAUAAUACUAUAGUCAUAAUUACUAUAUGAAAA